UGUUUCAUCACCCAAGCCCAUUGUGACAUCACCAGUGGGGCCCUGUUACUCCCCUAGGCUCUGACCUCAGCCAUCUCCCCAGGCCCCCAGCCCAGCAAGGGCUAUGUUCCUCUUCUCAAUUGUCCUGCUCCUGUCCUGGGUCAAGGGCGAAAAUGUCGGAUGUGGUGAAAGACCUGCCUUUGAGGAAAAAACUCGGCAUUCCAGAAUCAUAAUGGGGACAGAGGCUGGGGUGGGUGAGUUUCCAUGGCAGGUGAGUAUUCAGACAGAAAACCAGCACUUCUGUGGCGGUGCCAUCCUCAACGCACAGUGGAUUCUCACGGCUGCUCACUGCAUAUAUUCUGAGAUGCUCAUAGUGGCGAACCUGAAAGUCGUUGCAGGGACUAAUGACUUAACCAGCCCAACCCGGCUGGAAAGGAGUGUCACCAGCAUCAUUUAUCCAAAGGCCUUUGAUAAAUAUAGCAUGGACAAUGACGUCGCCUUGCUGCUGCUGUCUUCACCCAUCACAUUCGGUGACUUGAUAGUGCCCAUCUGCCUGCCCACGCUGCCCAGCUCCUCCAAGUGGCAUGAGUGCUGGGUGGCAGGAUGGGGCCAGACCAAGACUGAUGACAAAGAGUCCAUGUCAAUGGAUCUGAUGAAAGUGCCAAUGGUCAUCAUGGAUCAGGAGGAAUGUGUCAAGGUGUUUUCAAACCUUACCAAAAAUAUGAUGUGUGCUGGAUACAGUAAUAAGAGCUAUGACGCCUGCCAGGGUGAUAGUGGGGGACCUCUUGUCUGCACCCAACCUCCUGACAAGAAAUGGUACCAGGUGGGUAUCAUCAGCUGGGGCAAGGGCUGUGGACAGAAGAACACACCAGGAAUAUACACCAUGUUAAUAAACUACCACCGCUGGAUCGAGAAUGUGACCCAGCUACAUGGAAGUCCAUUGUAUUCUAAGGAGCCAGAGAACACAUCUAAAAAGAAACAAGUGGACUCCUGGACCUCUGAUUCCCCAGUGCCAGGACAUUUCAGAUCCUGGCUCCGUUUGUGUCCUCUGUUCUAUAUGUUGUUAAGAGCUAUUUUCUACUAAGAUUAAAACAGAUGCUAUUCUUUUA